AUGCUUGAUUCUUGCCUGGACCUCAUUCAAGUUAUAUGGUAUGCGGUCACUAAGAUCACUUCAGAUGGGUUCGAACAUGCAGGCUAUGGCUACCACAUUUCGCAACUCCCGCUAUCCGUGCUGAGUAGGUUUCGCAAGCUCGCCUUGCUUAUGCUUUACUAUCGACUCCUACAGGCUACGCACCCGCUCUACGUAUACAUUAUAUACGCGGUCGGCUUCAUCAUUGCAGGAUAUAGUCUGGCACUUCCUCUGGCAUUGAUAUUCGGCUGCAGCCCUAUUCAAAAGAGCUGGGACAUCACUAUUACGACGGGCUCCUGCAUCAACACAGCGGGAGUCUAUCUUGCAACUGCUAUCACUAACACGAUCAGUGAUGUCAUAUUGCUACUGCUUCCGAUCCCCGUUGUAUGGGGUCUCCGGCUACCCGUCAUUCAGAAAGUAGGGGUGCUUUGUAUGUUUGGUGUUGGAUUCUUAACCACCAGUAUAAGUAUCGUGCGCUUAGCAACGUUGAUGCCUCUGGUCACGUCGCAAGACCAGACGCGUGAUAUCGCUUUAGCAGCUAUAUUCAUCGAUAUCGAAGCCAACACCAUCAUCAUAUGCGGCUCUUUCCCCUAUUUACGCCAAUUUCUGCGAUACCAUGCUCCGCGGUGGAUGGAUUAUAGUCUGAGCUCGCGACGGAAAUCCUCUUCGACAGAGUCGCCAUCGGCUCAAAUGCGGAAGCCUGGUCUCACCCAACUCCAGGAUGAUAUCGAAAGGGCGAUCAAUAAUACGGAUGGGAUGACCAGCGUGGAAGGGAAUUUAGAACGCGGGCCCAGAGAAGUCCUAUAG